GGUCCGAGUGUUCAGCAGACGCUCGCCGUCUUAGCCUCCGGUCUCUUCGCCCGCCCCUCCCCCGCCCACCGCGGUCACCCGGGAAACCGGCCGCGAUAGCCGGCCGACUUGAAGCUGGUUUCAUGGCAGCGGCGAAGAAAGCAGUUUUGGGGCCAUUGGUGGGGGCAGUGGACCAGGGUACCAGCUCGACACGCUUUUUGGUUUUCAAUUCAAAAACAGCUGAACUACUUAGUCAUCAUCAAGUAGAAAUAAAACAGGAGUUCCCAAGAGAAGGAUGGGUGGAACAAGAUCCUAAGGAAAUUCUGCAGUCUGUCUAUGAAUGCAUAGAGAAAACAUGUGAGAAACUUGGACAGCUCAAUAUUGAUAUUUCCAACAUAAAAGCUAUUGGCGUCAGCAACCAGAGGGAAACCACUGUAGUCUGGGACAAGUUAACAGGAGAGCCUCUCUACAAUGCUGUGGCUGCUCCAGUUUCUCCUGGCCCUUCAGUUCCAGUUGCCGUUGUUCCCUCUGGUGCUUCAGUUCCAGCUGCUGGUACUUCCUCAGUGUGGCUUGAUCUAAGAACCCAGUCUACCGUUGAAAAUCUUUAUAAAAGAAUUCCAGGAAAUAAUAACUUUGUCAAGUCCAAGACAGGCCUUCCACUUAGCACUUACUUCAGUGCAGUGAAACUUCGUUGGCUCCUUGACAAUGUGAGAAAAGUUCAAAAGGCUGUUGAAGAAAAUAGAGCUCUUUUUGGGACCAUUGAUUCAUGGCUUAUUUGGAGUUUGACAGGAGGAGUCAAUGGAGGCGUCCACUGUACCGAUGUAACGAAUGCAAGUAGGACAAUGCUUUUCAACAUUCAUUCUUUGGAAUGGGAUAAAGAGCUCUGCGAUUUUUUUGGAAUUCCAAUGGAAAUUCUUCCCAAUGUUCGGAGUUCUUCUGAGAUCUAUGGCCUAAUGAAAAUCUCUCAUAGCCUGAAAGCUGGGGCCUUGGAAGGUGUGCCAAUAUCUGGGUGUCUGGGGGACCAGUCUGCUGCUUUGGUGGGACAAAUGUGUUUCCAGGAUGGACAAGCCAAAAACACGUAUGGUACAGGAUGUUUCUUACUAUGUAAUACAGGCCAUAAGUGUGUAUUUUCUGAACAUGGCCUUCUGACCACAGUGGCUUACAAACUUGGCAGAGACAAACCAGUAUAUUAUGCAUUGGAAGGUUCUGUAGCUAUAGCUGGAGCUGUUAUUCGCUGGCUACGAGACAAUCUUGGUAUUAUCAAGUCCUCAGAGGAAAUUGAAAAACUCGCUAAAGAAGUAGGUACUUCUUAUGGCUGCUACUUUGUUCCAGCAUUUUCAGGGUUAUAUGCACCUUAUUGGGAACCUAGUGCAAGAGGGAUAAUCUGUGGACUUACUCAAUUCACCAAUAAAUGCCAUAUCGCUUUUGCUGCACUAGAAGCUGUUUGUUUUCAAACUCGAGAGAUUUUGGAUGCCAUGAAUCGCGACUGUGGAAUUCCACUCAGCCAUUUGCAGGUAGAUGGAGGAAUGACCAGCAACAAAAUUCUUAUGCAGCUGCAAGCGGACAUCCUGUAUAUUCCAGUAGUGAAGCCCUCCAUGCCUGAAACAACUGCACUAGGUGCUGCAAUGGCAGCAGGGGCUGCAGAAGGAGUUGGCGUUUGGAGUCUUGAACCUGAGGAUUUGUCAGCUGUCACGAUGGAGCGAUUUGAACCUCAGAUCAAUGCUGAGGAAAGUGAAAUUCGUUAUUCUACGUGGAAGAAAGCUGUGAUGAAGUCAAUGGGUUGGGUUACAACUCAGUCUCCAGAAAGUGGUGACCCUAGUAUCUUCUGUAGUCUGCCCUUGGGCAUUUUUAUAGUGAGUAGCAUGGUAAUGUUAAUCGGAGCAAGGUACAUCUCAGGUAUCCCAUAAAUAAUUCCAACUCAUGGAUUCCCAAGAUGCAAGCUUUUUAUGUAAUGAGAGAAUCCAGCAAUUCUGUCUCUUAAUGUGAUGACACUAUUCAUAGACUCUGAUUUUAUUUAUAAGCCACUUGCUGCAUGAUCCUCCAAGUAGACCUGUGGCUUGAGAUAAAGAAAAUGCCGCAGAAAGAAUGCUACAGAAAUAUUUGGUGUGUUUUUUUAACACUGACAGUUAAGGUUAGGCCAGCUACUUUUGGGGCUGACCCCCUCCAUUGUCGUAACAUCCUGCCCCAUUCCCUCUAAGAUUUAGGAAGAAUUCAGAUCCUGUCCAUUGGAGUCUUUCAUCAAACAUAUUCAGAUGCUAACGGAACAGGAUUUUGAUUAUCUGCACCUUACAUGCCUGAUUAAGGGGUUAAUACUAACCUGUUAAAAAGAGUGAUUUUUUUUUUUUUGGUUUGCCAAAAGUUUUCUUUUCUAUAUAUUAGAAAACCACAUCUUCAUUGAAUGUUUAAAUGUAAAAUUCUACUAAAAUUAUUAAGACAACAAUUUAGUAGCUCAUAGUUUGGAUAUUUUUCUGAAAAGUAUUUGCCAAAACUGAAAUGCUUCAGUAUUUUACAUUGUCUGACUAAUUAGAGUGACUUUUUGUCUGGAUCUUAUAGGAAAGGAUGUUUUCUUUUUCUUAUUUCUUCCAUCUCUCCUUUUUAUAUUUUUUUACUUUAUAUGUAUAACAUACAUGCCUAUAUAUUUUAUAUACUACUGGUAGCCCAUUUAUAAAUUUAGGAGCACAUUGUAUUUAGUAGGUUAACAUGGCUGGUUUUAAGUGGACUACUAUGUAUAUAAAUAGUUUGGGGGAAACAGCUGUAUACAUGUUUGGGCAACGGUUAUGCAUAUUAUUUAACCAAGAGAAAUUUUUCUUAAAGAGCCAAUAUUUAAAAUUUAAGUAUAUCUCCUAUGUCAAUAAAAGAAAAUGUACUUUAUUAUGAUUUCAGCUAUAUUUCUUAUACUUUACCUUUUAUUUAAUUGUCUAGCUGGAUAUAUCUUUAAAAAAGAAAACUA